GAUUCUUGAAUUUAGCCUUCUUAUUCGCUUCACCAAAAACUUUUCAGCCGUCCCACAACAAAACCCCAAAUCUUUUCAAGCAGCAGUAAAAUCUUUUCUCCUGCCAAGCUCAACUUACCUACGACAGACGUAUAUACUACGACUACUAGCCUGCUACGAAUUGUUUUUCCCUGGUCCUCACAAUUAUACUACUUUAUAUUUGCGUGCUGUGCAUAUAUGCGGGGAACGUCCAUAUUGAUUCCUGGGACAUUCCUUCUUCCCAUUGUUCCUAUAAAUAUUCUGAAGUCUCAUUUUUUUCUGCUAGACUGGCAGAGAAAGGAGUACAGAUAGUUUUGUAUACUGGUUAGGGUCGGGCAAAAGAUUGAGCGGAAAAACGAUGCCGGAGAAGAUGAAUAUAUUGGUGACGGGAGGGGCAGGGUAUAUAGGAAGCCAUACAGUUCUUCAAUUGCUGUUGGGAGGGUACAAGACUGUUGUGGUUGAUAAUUUGGACAAUUCUUCCGAUGUUGCCCUCAAGAGGGUCCGAGAACUCGCCGGUGAACAUGGCUCCAACCUCACCUUUCAUAAGAUGGAUCUUCGUGACAAGGUUGCACUUGAAAAUCUUUUUGCUUCUGAAAAGUUUGAUGCAGUAAUCCAUUUUGCUGGACUGAAAGCAGUAGGUGAAAGUGUGCAAAAACCGUUGAUGUACUAUAACAACAAUCUUGUCGGUACAAUUACCCUACUAGAAGUCAUGGCUGCUCAUGGAUGUAAAAAGCUUGUGUUUUCAUCAUCGGCUACUGUUUAUGGUUGGCCAAAGGAGGUCCCUUGCACUGAGGAAUUUCCCUUAUGUGCUGUCAAUCCAUAUGGACGAACCAAGCUUUUUAUUGAAGAAAUCUGUCGUGAUGUGUAUGGUUCAGACUCUGAAUGGAAAAUCAUAUUGCUGCGGUACUUCAAUCCAGUUGGUGCACAUCCUAGUGGUUAUAUUGGUGAAGAUCCACGUGGAAUUCCAAACAAUCUCAUGCCUUUUGUGCAACAAGUAGCUGUUGGUAGGAGACCUGCUCUGACAGUUUUUGGAACUGAUUACUCAACGAAGGAUGGUACUGGGGUGCGUGACUACAUCCAUGUUGUGGACUUAGCAGAUGGUCAUAUAGCAGCAGUUAAUAAGCUGUCUGAUCCUUCUAUAGGGUGCGAAGUGUUCAACUUGGGAACUGGGAAAGGAACUUCUGUCUUGGAAAUGGUAGCAGCAUUUGAGAAGGCAUCAAGAAAGAAAAUUCCACUGGUGAAAGCUGGUCGCCGGGCGGGUGAUGCAGAGAUUGUAUAUGGAUCCACAGAUAAAGCAGAACAUGAAUUGAACUGGAAGGCAAAAUAUGGCAUAGAGGAGAUGUGCCGAGACCAGUGGAACUGGGCUAGCAAGAAUCCUUAUGGCUACGGACCACCUGAUUCUACCGAUUGAUUGGAUUCUGACAUUACACCCUAGAGUCACCAUUUGAAGAGCUGUUUGCUACAGAGUCCAAAUGCGUGUCGGUAGGAGUUUGUAGAGCUGUCCGUUUUUUUCUGGUUUUCUUUCUUUUUGAGUCCUUUGUAGGUUGGGUAGGCAGAUGAGGUAGGAUUGCAGUUUAACAAUAAUAAUGAUACCAGGGAUGUCACAUGCAUGUAAUUCUAACAUGGCUCACUGCUGCUGAAUAUAUGAUGAACCUUAUCUUUUACAAACAAAUGUUCAAUAAAAGGUGAUCAGAUGAGAUGAUCCGAGUAGUUUCUUUGUGACA